AUGGCAGACGAGGGUGACGAGGGAAGCGGGCGCGCCACCGUUCGUAUUGAGAUUUUCUCAUGCAUCCCGCGCCAGCCCAAAGUGGCGGUGCGCUUCGGUGGGCCGCAGUGUGAGUGGCAGUGGGUUGGCGUCCCAACGCACGCGCCCGCCACACUCUCACGUGCGCUGCCCGCCUCUGCCGGGGCGUCCAUGUCCUUUUCCCUCCCCUCCUCGGCGGACGGCGGCGGCGGCAGCGGCAGCGCACGCACGUACGAGCUGGCUGUCGCCCCAGCGCCUACCGAUGACGACGGCGAGAGCACCCACCACGUUGUGUGCGUCGAUGCCCGUCGUGUGCCAGAGACGCUUAUCACGCUCCGCUCACAUCGGUUGGGGACGGAGUUCUUUCAGGUGGUGAUGAUUUGGUCCCUGCACCUUGCCCAGUCCACGGGGGACGGGCUGGUGCACGCGGCCGAGCACGCAUCGACCCUCUCCUGCAGCAUGGCAGGCGCAGGCGCAGGCGAGGCCGAGGGCUGCGGAAGGAGACUGUUUGAGCUGAACAGUUACCCCAGACGCUUCACCCCAGCCCCACCACCACGUGACCCAUCACAAAGACGGGAGGUAGGCGUCUCCGGUUGCUCCCCUGGCAGCGGCGAGGGAGUUGCCGGGGAAGUCAUCCCGGCAGCUGACGGCCACAGGCAUCUGCGGGCGUUGGAGGGCCGUAGCACGGGUGGUGGCGUCCCCGCAGCCACGCCGCUGCUGCCACCGCAGGAGCAGCUCUCGGCGGCAUCCAGCCUCUUUGCAGAGGCGCCGUCGCAUCGCCUUGUGCUUCUUGCCUCGGUGCUCUCGCUGCGCCGCCGAAAUGCGGCACUGAGCCGCGUCGUUGAAAUCUCGCUUUCUCUUGAAGGUGCCGACGACGCGAGCCCAUUACAGCCUGUUUGCAUACUCAACACCGUUGGGACGACGCGUGACAACGCCGCCAAGGUAGCCCAGAUGGGCCCGCCCUGCCUCCUUCCGUCGUUCAUUGGCCUCCGCCCCGCAGUGCGCGACGCUGCGGCAUCUGUGCCGCUGCGGGUUCGCUGCAGCGUGCUGGAAGUAUACUCGAAACGCGGGAAGUCGCCCGCCACGGACUCCCGCACACCCUCGCCCUCUCUCUCCCGUGGCGGGUGGCGCUCCGCCUCGGCGCUGAGCGGCACAGGCGAGAACGCCGAGACGGGCAUCUGCCCGCUGGGCGAGGGCCGAGUGCCUCUGCCCUUGCCGCGUGCGUGGGCCACUGCAGACGAAGCUGCGGAUCCAUGUCUCCAGUGGACGCCGCACCCUUACUUGGGGCAAGCCGCUGCAGCGCAGACGACGGUUCACUGCGACGCGGACGACGUGAGCCUGGGCUUCAUGCUCAUGACCCUGUCGACGUACCGCGAGGCUGUCCUCAACUAUGAGGCGGUGAGCGCGGAGCGUCCCGUGCACGUUGAGGUGCGUCUGGAUGAACUCCUUUGCGGCGAGGAACUUGCGCCGCUGCUGCAACAGCAGCGGCAACACGUGGUGGCAGAAGUGUGGCUUACUCACCCUGUCGCGUCUCUCGAGUGCGUGCCGCUGUCGGGGGACGUUGCCCCCUGUCGGCAUGCCGUGGUGACGCUGGAGGGCGCAGCGUCCGCCAACGGCGCUCAAGCCCUCUUCUUCCCAAUGGGACACCCCUUUGCGUGCCUCUCGAUUGCGGCCACACUGCACACGGAAGCGGACCCCCAGGGGAUCCUGUACCACGCCUGUGUCCCCCUUGAGCUUCUGCAACUCGGCGCGUGGAGGCGGCUCUCCGUGCCACUCAUGACGAACAGCUCCAGCCAGGCGACCUCCCUCAGCCUGCGGUACCGCCUCGGAUCUCAUAAAUCUCCGCUGCCAGUUGCCACCUCCGAGUGCCCGGUCUGCCUGCAGAGCUACACCUUUCAAGUCAUUGCCCCAAGUUGUCAGAACCUCGUGGCUCUGCUGCAUCAACGUGGCGGUGUCGUGGCGCACUCCCUCCGCAUCCUCGUCUCAGACGUCAAGGACAGCAUGGCAAGGGCCUUUUCCCGCGUUGUGGAGGGGACAGAGCUGAUGCUGCAUGGUCCCCUGCAGGAUGGGCUGAAUCUCGAGGUCGUGUUUAAUCGCGUCUUGUUUGUGCCGCGUGCCGCGAGGGAUGAUGCCAACGACGACAAUGGGAAUCUCCUGCUGCGGUGCCAGGUCUUGGCCUUCGCGGCGCGUGAAGAGGCGGAGCAGCUGCACAAUGGCUGCUGUGUCGCUGAGGGGCACGUGGUGCUCCUCUCGGGACAAGGUGGGUCGCAGAGGGAAGCGGCCACCACGUGCCCCAUCGACGUCCAUCUAGCCAUGGAUUUUGACUCUCAGCGGCCCACGGAGUGUGCGCUGCUGCGGCUCGCCGGCACCGUGAAGCACAGCACCUAUGCACAGACUGAGAAUGUCCUUUGUAUUCGCUCGUGUCAGCUGCUGCGACAGCCACACGGCACCUUGGCCUCGGUGUCGGAUUCCACGGCGGCGCUGUGCCUCUGGUUUCGCUCUAGCACCUGCGAGUUUGCCGGGGACGAACGGAUGCGGGCGUCGCGCCGCUUUCAGUCGGUGUUGAUGCAAAUGGCUGCGGUGCUGCAGCCGCGGGGUCAAGCGAUCCCGUGCAGAGAGUUUGUUCUUGUGACCGACGCGGCGCGGCGGACGCUGUGCGUGGCGCUUGUCCCCUACACACCACCGCCCCCUUCACCACAGACGCACCUGCACUGCAGCCACGACGCGCGCCGGGCAGCCUGGAAAUCGUUAAAGCGGUUUGUCAAAACCCUUUCCCCACCCGAAGAGCGGGGAGCCUCGCUGCAAGGCAGCAUGACUUCCAUGAACGCCGUUAAUUAUUUGGAGUUGGACCUCACAACCUCUCUGGCCCCGUGCUGCACCAUCGCCGGCGUGUCUCGCAUAAGCGACGCCCUGCAGCUAUACCUUGACGCGGAGUGGGUGCAGGCGGCAUCGAGUUCUGCACGCUCGUCCAUGUUGCCUGUGCCCGCCCCGCACCUUUGGGCUGUGCGAGUGACACGCACACUUCGUCCAGGGGAGGCGUACGGCGUGUUGCUCGUCGCAAGCACCCCCAUCCGUCAGGACGAGGCGUACGCUUCCCCGCCACGGCAGUUGUCUGAGGAGCGCUCACUGCGGUGGGGGCGCCCCCCCCGCUGGCGUUCCCCGUCCCAGUCUUGGUCCCGUUCACAGUCGACGAUGCAGCAAGGCGACGGUCACCUCGCUUCGUGCGUGGACGCCACCACGGUACGCGCGGCGGUGUCGCUGCUGGGGCUGGCUUCCCCAGCCCAAACCCAAUUUGUCUUUGGGGACGCCUACGCGCCCCAAAUGCACGUCUCGCUUCGUGUGGACGGGCAAUGCGAGCUAAGCAUCACCACGGACGCCCUCGCAGGGUGUGGCACGGGCUUCGCCGACGCCGAGGCAGCCGUCAUUGACUGGAGCCACGGUUCUCUACUCGUUGACCAGGGAGGGCCGCGCCACGGCCGCGCCGCGAGCGAGAGCGAGAGCCAGGGACGCUGGCAAGUGGCCGAGGAGGAGGAGGAGGAGGACAAGCGUCUGCAGCACCCUGGUUGUCUCUUUGUGCCCUUUUUAACCCCCGUCGAGGCCCCGGAGGGGGCGCAGCUUCGCGUGCGCUACCACACCCUAACCCGCUGCGGCCGUGAGGGGGCGCUGCUUGUGGGGGGAAUUCGAGGCGGCGCCAAGCCCAUGCUCCACUUUUACUCGUUCGGCGCGAAUGCGUGGACGCCUUUCGCCGCGGAUGCCGCGUCAGCCCCCACGCACUUUCAUCGUGGCCGCCGCCGGUGGGAUUUCACGGCGCGGCAGGGGCACACGGCGGUGUACUGUCCCUUGACAAACGCCGUCUACGUGUACGGCGGAGGUGGCCUGAGCGCGAUGGAGCCACUCCAAACGGCGGACACGCAAGACAUCGGUGGGUGCGACGACGCAGACGCGGCGGCCAGGCAAGACCAUCGCGCUGCUCCGCUGGGGUACUUUAAGGAUGUCUGGUGCAUCUCCCUCGCCGAAAAAGUCGUUGAGCGUGUGAAGACCAUACAACCUGCGGAAGCGGUCCAUUCGCUUCUCACGGCACGCUGGCGGCACGCGGCAGCGUAUUACAACAACUGCAUGUUUGUGGUUGGCGGUAAGGCGUCGCGUGAUUGUGCGGCGCCGCGGUCAUCGUCACCUAGUAACCUGCAACCUCUCCCUAGUUCCACCGGCGAGGGGGCCGCAGGGGAGGCUGUGGAGGUGGUGUGUAGCUGUUCUGAGCUUCUCGUGUUGAACCUGUCGACGCGCGCGUGGUCGAGGCACGUCUGUGGCGGUUCUGCCUGCCCGGAGCCGCGCCACGGCCACGCGGCGGCCACCCGAGACGCCAGCAUGUACGUGUACGGCGGGACGUCGGCGGCGGGAGACCUCCUGGACGACCUGCACGAGUUGGACCUCGCCACCUGCAGAUGGCGGCGCAUUUGGCACAGCGGGGCGACGGCGCCGCCCGCCAUGCGGCUCGCCGCUCUUGACACGGCCGUCGUAGACAACACCCCCUGCCUCAUUCUCGUGGAGGGGGAGACGGCAACACCGUCGCCGCAGAUGAAUGUAUAUCUCUUUUCCCACAAUUCCAACCUCUGGCGCGCCGUCCAGUUCAACUGUCCACCUGGCCCUUCACGCAUCGGCGGUGCCAUCUGCGAGGUCACCGUCGCAUCCGGGCGGCGGCUCCGCUGCUACCGACGCGCGCGACAGCGACUGCCCAUCUCCAGCGCUCCGCACAUCAAACUGUUGCUCGUCGGCGGGGAAAGGCGUGGGGGGGCGCCCCUUGAGGCGCAAGGUCCGUUUCGCAGCAGGCGAAGCGCCUCCACGUGUCUGAUGACUUUGUCCUGGGGCGACCGCGCGCCGGUGGAGCAGCACGAGGUGGUAGCCGAAGUCCAAGCCCACACGGCAGCGGCAGAGCAGUCCCCGCCGCAUCCCACUCGCCGCCGUCGGUGGCAGCGGCGGCGCUCGCCAAUACCCAGCGUACUCACGCGACGAAUGCAGAACGAACUCGUUAACCGCCUCUACUACCUCGAGAUGGAGAAACGGAAGCAGCGCGAACGCCAGCGAUCCCUGCAUGCAACAUACCGCCAGCGGCCCUCAAGCCACACGCGUAGGUCACCGUCCCCGCAGCCGCGUCGCGCGCAACCACAGACACUACACAUACACAACUGCCACUCCGCCGACGCAGCGGCAAUGGGUGUUCUCCUACACACCCACGCAGACAGCGACGCGUACUCCAGGACCUAUCGCGCCCCGAUGCACGACUCUACGCUGUACUACAAACCCCAGCCGCCAACGCAACCGCGAGUGAAGCGAGAAACACCAACCAGGCAAAUUCGGCUCAUGCAAUCUCAUCCACAGUUGACCACGCCAAAUAUGGAAACCGGGGCCACCAAAAAGGAGAAUGUCGACAGAAUUUCUCCAACAAGAUACACCGCAGCCAAGGAACAAUACGCCGCUGCUCCCAAAAAGGAAGACAAAAAUACAAAUACCCCAACGAAACAAGAACAACGAGCAUUUCUGCAAACAGAAAACAAACCAGCACCGACUAAAGAGAAACCUGCUGCCGUGGAGACACAGGAACACGCACGGCACGAGGAGGGCGUGGGCGCACCGGUGACACCCGAGGUCGUCCCUGCAUCGCGGAGGCGGUGCUGGGCUCGGAAGAGGCGCAUCCAGCCGCGAAGGCGCAGGAGCACGCACUGCACGAGGAGGGCGUGGGCGCACCGGUGA